CUUCUUGGCUUCUGCAUUCUAUGACGUAAUGAUAUUAUAUUCAUUGGCAAUUAAUGAAACAAUCGCUGAGGGAGGAGAUGUAUAUGACGGUCAUGCUGUUACCAAGAAAAUGUGGAACAGGACAUUCGACGGGUUAUACGGAAAAGUGAAAAUCAAUGAGAACGGUGAUCGUGAUUCAGAGUACUCCCUUUGGGACAUGACAGAUACGGAGAACGGUACAUUCGAGGUGGUUGGUAACUUUUAUUUAACAUCAUCUGGAUUGAAAUACACACCAGUCCCUGGUAAAUCAAUUAAAUGGCCAGGAGGUGCAACUGGACCUCCGAGAGAUACACCGCUCUGUGGAUUCUACAAUGAAAAUCCUGAAUGUCAACCUGACGGGAGGCUUUCAACUCUUGCCAUUUCUGGGAUAGCUGCAGCCUCAGUGAUACUCUUAUCGGUUCUUAUCCUAGUCCUUGUAUACAGGAAAAUGCGUCUAGAUGCUGAACUUCUUCGUAUGUCUUGGAAGCUGUCUUGGGAUGAACUUGUAUUUCCGGAAGAAACCAAGUCGGGACAGUCAAAGUUUUCUGGCUCUUUCGUAACCUCCAUUGGACAUGGAACAUCACAUCAGAGACAGAUGUUCGCAACUGUAGCCAACUUUAAGGGUCGACUGGUGAUGAUCAGGAGGAUUGAGAAAACAAAACUAGAUUUAACUCGGGAUGUACUAAAAGAACUUAAUUAUAUGCGUCAAGUGGAGCACAAUAACCUCGUUCGUUUUGUGGGCGCAUGCGUUGAUGCCCCAAACAUUUCAAUAAUUUCAGAGUACUGCCCCAAAGGAAGUCUUCAGGACAUCGUGGAAAAUGAGGCUUUACAACUCGACAAUAUGUUUAAGAAUUCUCUCAUUACUGAUGUUAUGCGUGGACUGCACUACCUACACAACAGUGUUAUCGUUCUUCAUGGUAGACUAUCAUCAUCAAACUGCGUGGUCGACAGCCGGUUCGUUCUCAAGCUCACUGACUACGGACUCGCCACAUUUAGAGACAUCGAUAACAGCGAAGAUCAUUCGGCAAAGAACCCACAGAAAAUGCUAUGGAAAUCUCCCGAAAUACUGAGAUCACCCGAUCAACAGCCAACUCAGAAGGGCGACAUCUAUAGUGUCGGUAUUAUCAUGCAAGAAAUCGUCUCAAGAGCGCGCCCAUUCGAGGAAGAAAGAAACACAAUGGAAAUAGAUGAAAUCAUUAAGAAGCUGAAAGAGACGAAUGUGCCCCCUUUCCGUCCUAAGAUUGACCCUCAAAUGUGUACUGAUGAAAUUCGGUCUAUCAUACAAGCAUGUUGGCAGGAAAUACCAGAGAAUAGACCAGCAACUACGGAUUUACUGUCAAGCAUGAAGAAAAUCAACAAGCAUCUUGCUGGUGGAAACAUCCUUGACAACUUGUUGAGUCGCAUGGAACAGUAUGCCACUAACCUCGAAUCAUUGGUGGAAGAAAGAACAGCCGCGUUCUUAGAGGAAAAGAAGAGAUCAGAGACCCUCCUCUAUGAAGUCCUACCAAGAUCUGUAGCCGAGCAACUCAAACAAGGGUCAUCAGUGAAUCCAGAGUCUUAUGAAAGUGUGACAAUCUACUUCAGUGAUAUCGUAGGGUUCACAUCUAUCUCAGCUGAUAGCACACCACUACAGGUCGUCACUUUGCUCAAUGACCUCUACACAUGUUUUGAUAGUAUCAUUGGAAAUUUCGACGUUUAUAAGGUUGAGACAAUCGGUGAUGCGUACAUGGUGGUGUCUGGUCUACCUAUCAGGAAUGGGAUUCAACACGUCAAGGAGAUUGCUUCUAUGGCACUGUCUCUAGUCAGGGAAGCAUAUAAAUUCAGAAUCAGACAUAAGCCGGAAGAGAAACUCCUUCUCAGGGUCGGAGUUCACUCAGGUGCUUGCGUGGCAGGUGUGGUAGGUCUACGUAUGCCUAGGUAUUGUCUUUUUGGAGAUACGGUGAAUACAGCCUCACGUAUGGAGUCUACAGGCCAAGCAAUGAAAGUUCACAUUAGUGAGUCGACAAAGACUUUGCUUGAUACGUUCAAGAACUUUGAGACAGAACCCCGUGGUGAGGUAGUCCUGAAGGGUAAAGGCUCUCAACGAACAUAUUGGUUGACUGCCCAAGCAUCUACAAGCUUUAUAACCCACUCUGUUCCUGAUAUUGAAGUCUAAGAAGAAGUAAGGGCGGGUCUAGGAUACCAAUGGGGGUGGGGCGGUGGGUCUGACAAGCAAAACAAAAUGCUUCUGUUUCCCAUUAGAGAUCUGCACCUUCUAAGUAGUUACAUGUAUGAUUAAAAUGGAUCAUUUGUCAUUGAUUGUCCUAUAAUAGUCAUUCAAACAGCGAGCAUUUAAUAAUUAAUGGUAGGGGUAUUAUUAAUUGUUUACUCCCUCUUUCUCCAAAUCACUCUUGAUCAUGGAUUAUUAUUAUUUAAUUCUCGAUCGAUGUUCUUCAUGCAGUUGAUGUGUUUACGUGUAUUCGUUACAUGUAAUUAUGCAGGUAAGGAAAUUGCAUUCAUGUAAAAAAUAACUUCCUUAACUUCAUCCGCCUUCUGAGUGUAUAUGGGUCAAAGGCAUUACAACCAGAAUAGGCAUGUCUUUCAAUCUGUAUUUGACGAUACAGCUUUUAACGCAAAGUCUUAUUUAAAUACAUUUUACAUAAUUUGCUACGAAUGUGUUUUUUCAUAAAAACUAUCUCAGAAAUUAGAUCUAUACGUAUUCCACACAAUCGAAGUAAUAUUCCGAUACUGUGCACUGGAUGUACAAGUGUCUUUAUUUGAAUGGAUAUUCAUCUCUAUUGACACAUGCAAAAGAUCUGUUCUUUAUUGACCUUCAUGACGAUUACUGCUCGUUUUGAAGCUUUUCGAUUAAUCAGACUUUUGAAUCCUGAUCUUUUCGUGAUGGUAUUAUCAUAACAAGCAUGGUAUCAUUUUAAAGAGAAUUGAAUGAUCUUUUGAAUGUUAUUAGAUAUGCACUGUGUAAAAUUGGUAGUUGGGAGCAAUUAAUGGCCAAACGCAGAUUUCCAAACAUUUUUUGAGGGGUUUUAGUAAAAUAUCAGUUUCAUCAAAAACAUUACUUUCUCUAGGUAAAUGUGGGGGCCAGUCCCAUUUUUUUUCUUCUUGUGUUCUUUUUCUUUUUUUGCCUUAAUACAUAAGCACUCCGAUAUGUCCGAUGUAUGAAAAGACGUGUCAGAUGUUUUAUCCGACAAAGUCUAUUUUAUCCGAUCGUUCCUACCGUCCUUAUAAGCCAAUAAAAUAUAAGGAAAGUUGUCGACAAAAUGCUGAUCAAACGCUCAAUCGGAGACUAUACAAUAAGGUUCAAAACCUCUCAAAAUAUCCGCUAAAUUAAUGACAUGACUUUGAUGUAAAGUGUAUCGAAUGAUAUUUACUAUUAUUAAGCGUAUCAGACAUCUGAGCAGGGCAAAUUUAUUACAUUAUUGCUUGCUUAAGACUAAAUUGAU